UUAUCAGUUUGACAACAAAUAAAUACUUUGGUCUUUUAAUCAUGUGUUGAGUUGAGACUAAAUUUUUUUUCAAACAAGUAGUGUUUAGUCACUCUCGCAAUGGGUUCCCUGCCGAAGCCACUCUUAUGGGGAAGCUCAUUUGCAGCGUUGUACGGAGUUUCCUAUCUAGUCAAGGAUUAUUAUAGUGGUUCCAUGUACGAGGGGAAGGAAAAGUUGACAGACAAAGUGGCUAUUGUCACCGGUGCCAAUAGCGGAAUUGGAAAAGAAGUGGCUUUUGGCUUGGCAAAGAGAGAUGCAAAAGUUAUCAUGGCAUGUCGUGACAUGAUAAAAUGCGAAAAUGCUCGACAAGAUAUUGUUUUCGAGACCAAGAAUAAAUACGUUUACUGCAGAGAAUGCGAUUUGGCUUCGCAGCAGAGUAUCAGAGAUUUUGUGAAUCUGUUCAAAAAAGAACAUUCAAAUCUGCACAUUCUCGUUAAUAACGCCGGCGUUAUGAGAACCCCUUACAGUUUCACCAAGGAUGGAAUCGAAAUGCAAAUAGGUGUGAAUCACAUGGGCCACUUUCUAUUGACUAAUCUAUUGCUCGACACGAUGAAAGCCUCUGCUCCUGCCAGAAUCGUGAAUGUAUCCAGCUUAGCUCACCUAAGGGGGAAUCUCAAACUUCAUGAUUUAAACAGUUCCGAGUACUAUGAUCCUGGUGAAGCCUAUGCUCAAAGUAAAUUAGCCAAUGUUAUCUUCACCAAAGAAUUGGCCAAAAAACUAAAAGGUUUUUUAAGCUCCGGUUUACUUUGGAGUCUUCUUUUCAUGAAUGAUUCGUCAUUUUGUCGGAGUAUGCAAUUUAACGAAUUUGCAAGUACAUCGUCUUUAAAAAAUUGUCUCGAGAAAAUAUCGAGGGAACUUUAUCGAUUGUCUGAAACGGUGAUUGGAGUAUCGAGGGAUUAG